AUGAGUAGUUCAAAAUAUCGUGAUGAUGAUAAUAAAUCUCGGGAUUCAAAAAAACGUUACUCUAGUGAUCAGCUGUCUAGCCAUUCAGAAAAUAAACGUCACAAAAAUGAUUAUGACAGCAAUAAAUCUGAAAAAUUAAAAAAUGAGGAAGACUAUAUAAAAUUCCAGUCAGGUGAUGAAAAUAAUGAUAGUUUUUCAUUUUGUAAUUAUAAAUAUGAAUUAAAUAAGGUAUUUAUUGCUCAUAAUAAGUUGGUACAAGAAACUGAAGAUUUUUGGAGUUUCGUUAAAAAAUACGAAGCUAUUGAAAUAAAACUAGGAAAGAAAAAUAGCAGCGAUCCACCAAAAACAGAAUUAAAUUCGUUUGGUGUACCUGCACACUAUCAUAAAAAUCACUGCAUUAAUAUCAAAAUAAAUAUUAAAUUCGGAGAACUAUUUGCACGAGUGCCUCAGAUCAAAGAGUUGAAUAAUAAUCGAUUACUUAAGUUUAAAGACAUUAUUUUACUGUAUCUGAAUUUUAAACAGAAAGAAAAAUUUAAUAAGUUAAAAAAGUUACGGGAGUCUCAAAAAAACUUACCAGUAGCCAACUAUAGAGAUGAGAUAGUAACCGCUGUUAAGGAAGAAAAAGUUGUAAUAAUUGCUGGUGACACAGGAUGUGGUAAAUCAACUCAAGUACCGCAAUAUUUAUAUUCAGCGGGUUUUAAUAACAUUGCAUGUACGCAACCUCGACGAAUUGCAUGUAUAUCACUCGCAAAACGUGUUGCCUUUGAAACAUUGACUGAGAAUUCCAAUGAAGUCGGUUAUCAGAUACGUUUCGAAAAACAAAAAAACCAGCAUACUAAAAUUUUAUUCAUCACUGAAGGAUUAUUAUUGAGGCAGGUUUCUGAAGAAACUGGUCUUACGCAGUACGACGUAGUGGUUCUUGAUGAAGUUCAUGAGCGUCAUUUGCAUGGAGAUUUUUUGUUGGGAAUUAUGAAAUGUCUAAUACAUCAACGCCCGGACUUGAAAUUAGUUCUGAUGUCUGCGACUAUUAAUAUACAAUUAUUUAGUAAUUAUUUUGCUAAUGAAGAUGUUAAAGUUAUUCAAGUACCAGGCAGACUUUAUUCCAUUCAAUUACUGUACCGGCCAAUUGGUACAGAAAAAGGUGAUUUAUUAAUUUUUCUCAGUGGUAUGAGUGAAAUAACAACGGUAGUCGACGCUGCUAAAGAAUACAGUCAAAAGAAAAAUAAUUGGAUCAUUUUACCUUUGCACAGUAGUCUAUCGCUCGCCGAACAGGAUAAGGUAUUUGAUUAUCCUCCAGACGGUGUACGUAAAUGUAUAAUUUCUACAAACAUUGCCGAGACGUCGAUAACAAUUGAUGGUAUUAGAUUUGUCGCUGACAGUGGAAAGGUAAAAGAAAUGAGUUACGAUCCCACCUGUAAAAUGCAGCGGCUCAAAGAGUUUUGGAUAAGCAAAGCAAGCGCUGAGCAACGGAAAGGUCGUUCUGGUAGAACUGGCCCAGGAGUUUGUUAUAGAGUUUAUUCUGAAGAAGAGUACACGGCGUUAGAAAAGUACUCAACACCUGAAAUUCAGAGAGUUCCACUUGAUUCUUUAUUAUUACAGAUGAUAGCAAUGGGUUUGCCAGAUGCAAGGAAAUUUCCGUUCAUUGAACCGCCACCGUCACAAAGUAUUGAAAAUUCAAUUUUGUCGUUAAAAGAACACGGCGCUCUUAUGGACAAUGAAAAACUUACAUGUGUUGGUAAAACACUGUCCAAGCUUCCUGUUGACAUUACCAUGGGAAAAAUGUUGAUAAUGGGGUCUAUUUUUGAUCAAGUCGAACCUGUGUUAUCACUUGCUGCAGCUUUGAGUACCCAAAAUCCAUUUACUAAUCGUGCUUACAAAGACACUGAAUGUGAAACAUCAAGAAAGAAGAUCGAAUCUGAUCAUGGUGAUCCAAUUACGCUGCUCAACGCAUUUCGUGAAUGGUUGGAAAUAAAACAAGAAAGUAGUCAUGAGAAUAAUAGUCGUAAGUGGUGCAAAAGACGAGGACUUGAGGAGCAAAGAUUUUAUGAAAUGAUUAAAUUACGCUCUCAGUUUAAAGAUUUGUUAAAUGACUGUAAUUUACUUAAAAAAUUUCCGGAAAUAAAUUCGUCGAUGUCAAGUACAGAAAGAACGAUGCGACAUAGAGAAAUAAAGAUUUUGAAGUCAUUGAAAAAGACUUAUAAAGAAACGGCACCCAGAAAACGCAAACAACUUAAAGUUGAUCAAUUUAAUUUACAAUUGGAGGAUAAUAAUGAGGAUGACGAUGGAAUUGAUAUUAAAGAUGUUGAAUUUCGUAUGAAAAAUGAUUACUCACAAGUACAAAAUUUACUCAACGCUAGUUCAGCUUGCAGUUAUAAAGAUUUGACAAUGUUGAAAAUAAUUUUAUGCAGUGGGCUGUAUCCGCAAUUCGCUAUUGGCGAUGAAUUCAAUUACUGUAAAUCUAUGAAUGAACAAUUAUUUCACACGAAAGCUAAACCGUUCGUAGCACUUCAUCCGAUGAGCUUUUUUGGUAACCAUCCACAAUUAUUGCAAUUAGAAGAGCCAGAUAUUGUCAAUAUACCUGGUUUCAAAUCUAAGAUACCGUUAAGUCCAAAACACCAAUUACUCACUUACGUAUCACUUUUAGAAACAACAAAACCUUACCUCGUGAAUACUCUGAGGAUGCCAGCUGCUCAAACUUUACUACUUUUGGCUCAAGAAAUUGAUACGAAUUCUAUAUUUUCCUUAAUUAUUUGUGAUUGUUGGCUACUAUUUGAAUUUCCAAUACCAGACAGUGGACAAAAUUUACUAAUAAGAGCCACAAAAAUCAGACAAAAGUGGGAUUAUCUCUUGACAAAACGAUUGGAAAAAUCGUCUAUAACUGUGAAGAAGAAUGACGAUGAAGAUACGGAAGAAGAUACACGUAAAAUAGAAAUAGAAUUGUCACGUGAAAUAAUUGAAUUUAUGCACACGACUGUACCUUACACGGUUAAAAGAUUAUUAGCUGCCGAUUUAAAGACGCUUUAUGUUGGUAGAAGUGAAAAUGAUAAAAUAGUUGAGCCUAAUCCCUUCCAAGAUGAUUUCCCCUGUGUUUUGAAUCCAUCUAAAGGCGGAGUUAAACUUACAAAUAAUAUUACCUAUAAUUGUCUGAUGGAAAAUGAGUGGAGUGAUAAAUUAGCUGUCGAGAUGCUAGAGAUGCCUUGGAAGUGUCCUCAUUGUGAGAUUGAAAUUAUUUUUUCUAGCAUUGAAAAAUUACAACAUCAAAAAAUAUGUAAACAAUUAAACAAAAGUGAAACAAUUACUGAUACAAGAACACCUGUGGUUAAAAAAUCCAACUGUAAAACUUACGAGUGUCCUGUGUGUGAAAAAACUUUUCAUCUUACACCCAUAGAAAUAUUAAAACAUAAAAAAAAACAUGUUACUGUACAAUAA